CUUUACAUCGUUUAAAACAAAUUGGCGCGUUUUAUUUAAUUCAGUUUAAACACAAAAACACUAGCAAGUUGCGUUAACGUGGAGUCGCAUGGAAUACACCACGUGACAUCUGAAAGUUCCUACUCUCCCUCAAACAGGAGGAAACUUUCUCUACUUGGUUUCCUAAACAUUUCCUUAGUCCCUCCUCUUCUCCCAGCUCAUCUGCUCAUUCCGCUGGGGUAGUUUGUGGGACCAUGGCGCUCCUCUCCCAGUAUUUCACUGUAUACGUGGCGUUCAUUUUUGUUUCUCCGUCAUUAUUAAGUUUUUCUUCAGCAGUUUCUGGCGCAGUCCGCUCCAAUGUGCUGUCGCUCCUGCAGCCGUAUGAUUUUCUGUAUUACAGCGGGGUACGGUCAUACUUUGGUGAGGAGUGGGCGAAGGCUGCGGAGCUGCUGGAGAAAUCCAUCUGGACCAAGGAGACUCUGUUCCGAGUCCGCAGACAGUGUCACGAUGAGUGUUUGGAAGCAGGGGCAGAGGCUAUGAGUAAACUAGACUCUGAAGUGGGGAGUCUAUGGGACCUCUGGGCCUUGGACUGGGUCCAGAAGAAAGCUGAAUGUUUGAGGUUCUGCGUUGGACGCUCUGUCACGCAUGUUGGGCAGCUCCCUGUUUCUACUGACAUAGAGUAUGAAUUCAGCACUCGCAACCCGUAUAACUUCCUGCAAGUCACAUACUACAAGAUGGAGAAGUUACAGAAGGCAGCAUCAGCUGCGCACACCUACUUCGUGGCCAACCCCAGCCACCUGGAGAUGAGGAAUAACAUUGAGAAAUACAGGCGGAUGGAAGGUGUGACUGAGGAAGAUUUCCAGGACAGAGAGGCUGAGAGUGAGAAACACUGGGUGCUGUAUGACGCUGCUCUCCAGCACGAGGCCUCCUCUGACUGGGUGCAAGCAGCAGAGAAAUGGAAAGCCUGCGUGAAUGAAACCCUGCGGCAGACAGAGGAGUGCAGGGUGCAGUGUGAGGUUGCCUCCCAGCGGCUGCCCGAGGACAGAGGAGUGGACAGUGUUGACGGCGCGUUUGAGAAGGCUGCAACUCUCUCCCUCAACCUGCUCGCUUGCCGGCAGUCCUGUGUGACUCAGGUGGCCGUACGACCUGGAAGGAUUUCCGCUCAGGAGGACUACCUGCCCACACAGCUUGAACAUCUGCACAUCGCACAGUUUAAAGCCGGUGAUAUUAGUGGAGCUUUGCAGACCCUUCGCUCGCUGCUUCUUUUUUACCCCUCUGACCAGGACUCCUUAGACAACCUGCAGCUCUACUAUGAAACACUAGGGGGAGACACAGAGUCACAGGGCACACAACCGCUUCAGGAGCUCGUCAGAUACAUCAGUCGCUCUUUGCAGGAGAAGAAGCUGCUGUAUUUCGGCAUGGAGAGCCUUGACUUCACGUUCACUGACCCAGAUCUCUGGACCCCAGAAGACGUUGUACCUGAAUCUCUAAGAGGAAUUUGGAGGGCUGAAAAAGAGAAAAUAAAUGAGAAGAUUAAAAAGGGAGAGCUGCAGGAGGAAGUGGAUGACAGUGGUUUCUUUGCAGGGGGCCCAGUCCCUCAGGUGGGUGUGACCAUCACAAUGGACGACGAGGUUCUGAACGGGACUAAUCGCGUCGUCCUCGAUGGAGUCAUGACCGAGAAGGAGUGUGCUAGAAUACUGCAGUUAGCAAAAGUUGCAGCGGCUGUUGGAGACGGUUACCGGGGGAGACGGUCUCCGCACACGCCUCAUGAGACGUUUGAAGGUCUGACUGUCCUCAGGGCUCUAAAGCUGUCUCAGGACGGCCUCGUGAACCAGUCAGACGCACGGCUGUUACAUGAGCUGGGUGAAAGAGCGAAAGUCCUGCUGCACUCCUACUUCAGGAGCCCCUCGGGACUUUUCAUCUCUUUCACACACCUGGUCUGCCGCAGCGCUGUAGCAGGUCAUCAGGAGGGCAGGUUGGACCUGUCUCACCCUGUCCACGUUGACAACUGUCUGCUUGAGCCAGAGACCAAUCAGUGCUGGAGGGAACCGCCCGCGUUCAUACACAGAGACCUUAGUGCCGUCCUCUACCUGAAUGACAACUUUGAUGGGGGAGAGUUGUUCUUCACAAACAGAGAUGCCAAGACAGUGACAGCUCGAGUGAAACCCAGCUGUGGCCGACUGGUGGGCUUCUCCUCGGGUCCCGUGAAUCCCCACGGUGUUACCGCGGUGACCAGCGGCCGGCGGUGCGCACUGGCCCUGUGGUUCACAAAGGAGAAGCUCUACAGGGACAUGGAGCGAGAGGAGGCCGAGGCCAUGUGGGAAGCUGAUGGACAGGGUGUGGUGAAAAAGGACGAGGACCAGACAAAGGGCAGCGCCCCCUCUGGACGGAACGGUCGAAGCCAGACAACGACGGAGAGGAGCAGGGGGAGAGGCAGGGUGCUGGGGGCUAAGGAUGAGCUGUGAGAGUUAAAAAAAACCCUGACAGACUGAAAGUGGAAUACAUUUUCGUUUGCAUCCAGUCUGGUGGAUGCAGUUCACCAUCCUAUAACAGGCCCAAACUCCAUCUCCAUUUCACCACUCCAUUCGUACGAGACCUUCUCUUCAUAUUGCUGCCUUUUCGUGUAAAGUUUGCUGUGUGUAUAUACUGUGCUUAUACUGUAUAUGAUGAAGGUAAGUGAGGGGAAACGGUGUCUUUUCCUCUCUAUCUAUUGUCAACCUGUACGUUUGUAUGAGAAACUUUACUGACCAGUCGCUGCCUUUUAAAAAUGAAGAGAAUAAAAUAAGAAUUGUGACCUUU